UUCCAUCUCCAAUUCCAGCAACUAACCUAGCUGCAAUUGCAGGUGCAAUUGCUUCCUCAUUUUCAGGGCUCCUCCAGUCAGCUCCCUACUUGUGUCGUCAGCUUGCUCGUCCUGCCAUCACCCAAAACUCUCGUGCAAAGGUCAAGAUGGUGAUGGAUAAAAACGCCAAGAUCUAUGUGGCUGGUCACACCGGUCUGGUGGGAUCAGCCAUUUGCCGGAAGCUCAAGAAGGAGGGAUACAACAAUGUCAUCGGGAAAUCCAUCGAGGAGCUUGAUCUGACACGACAAGCGCUCGUCGAGGAAUACAUGAACGCGGAGAAGCCGGAAUAUGUCAUUGUCGCUGCCGCGAAAGUCGGCGGAAUUCACGCUAACAGCGUCUACCCGGCCGAUUUCAUCGGAAUCAAUCUUCAAAUCCAGACCAAUCUCAUUGACGCCGCGUACAGGAGUGGCGUGAAGAAGCUUGUCUUCCUCGGAUCGUCUUGCAUCUACCCGAAGCUUGCUCCCCAGCCCAUCACUGAGGAUGCUCUUCUGACGGGUCCCCUGGAGCCGACGAACGAGUGGUAUGCCGUUGCGAAGAUCGCCGGGAUCAAGAUGUGCCAAGCUUACAGAAUCCAGUACAACUUCGACGCCAUCUCCGCGAUGCCGACCAACAUGUACGGCCCGUACGACAACUUCCAUCCCACCAACUCGCACGUGCUGCCGGCUCUGAUCCGCCGGUUCCACGAGGCCAAGAAGACCGGCGCCAAGGAGGUGGUCGUCUGGGGUACCGGCACUGCUCUCCGUGAAUUCAUGCACACCGACGACCUUGCAGAUGCGCUUCUGUUCCUGCUCAACAACUACAGCGACAUUCCCCACCUGAACGUGGGAACGGGCAUCGAGCUGACGAUCAAGCAGCUGGCGGAGACGGUGAAGGAGGUGGUGGGAUACGAGGGCGAGAUCACGUGGGACACCACCAAGCCCGACGGCACGCCCAGGAAGCUCAUGGACAGCUCCAACCUGCACAAGCUGGGGUGGAAGCCCAAGGUGGGGCUCAAGGAGGGCCUCACGGAGGUGUACAAGUGGUACCAGGAGAACUACAACGUCUGAGCAAUGUCUGCGCGGUGCUGGCGGUUGGGGGCUUACCUCCACCAGGCUUGGGAACCAUUUGGAGUACAAGCACCUUUCUUAGACGUCAUUAAUCGUUGAUUGCUGGGAUUCUUGUGGAUAUUUGCCUGCUAAUAUUUUUAUAAAAAUGUACAAUCGAGCACUCUAUUGGGAUCACGUAGACAGCUCCAACCUCACGCUGGGUUGGAAGGAAGCCCAUGGUGGAGCUGAAGGACCAGACAGACGUGUACAAGUGGCCCUACCUCUCUCUUCUCUCCCUGCACGAGGACAACUUUUCAA